AUGGAGCCCUGGGUGGCGCUGAUCGUGCUGGUCACGGUCUCAAGCUACGUGCCGCUUACUGUCAUCAUCACGGAGCGUCGCGGCAGGGUGCGCAAGGUGAUGAACGCCCUGGACAACGAGAGGGAGGGCCGCGCCACAGACGUGCUGCUCAACUACGAGACGGCUGCCGAGUACUGGCAGAUGGUGUUCCUCAGCCUCCUCAGCAUGGUCCAGAGCUCAGUGGUAUGGGUCGGCAUGGCGUCAGGCUUGGCCGUGUGCGUGCGCGGCGUGGCGCGAGGGAACCUCACAGUGGGCGACACGGUCCUGUUUGUGACCAUGAUGCAGCAGCUCUACGUGCCCCUCACGUUUUUCGGGAGCUACUACAGACAGGUGCAGCAGAGGGCGGUGCUGCAGGAGGCGGUGCUGCAGGGGCCAGUUCGGCAGGAGGCAGCGCUGCGGAGGGCAGCGCUGCAGGGGCCAGUGCUGCAGGGGGCAGGGCCGCCUGGCGUCGCCCUGAAUCGUAUGCGGCACCAUCCGGCGCUGUGCUGCACUGCAACCUGCUUCCUGCCGUCCUGCCAGCAGGCCGUCAGGGCUGGCUUGAACAGAGGGCUUGGCGGCGCCGCCAGCGGGGUGGUGUCGGGGACAGGCGCUGUCCAGAAGGCCCUCAUUGACAUGGAGAACAUGUUUGAGCUGCUGGCCACUGAGCCGCGCACCAAGGACGACCCGGGGGCGCCGCCGCUGCGCGUGACGGAGGGGCGCGUGGAGUUCAGGAGCGUGGUGUUUGGCUACCACGUGCACAGCCCCGUGUUGAAGGGUGUGUCUUUCAUGGUCCCGGGCGCGACCACGCUGGCGGUGGUGGGGUCCACUGGCAGCGGCAAGAGCACAAUUCUCAGGCUGCUGCUGCGGUUCUAUGACCCCCAGUCUGGCGGCGUGUUCAUCGACGGCUCAAACAUACGCCACGCCACACAGGCCAGCGUGCGCGCGGCCACCGCCGUCGUGCCGCAGGACACCGUGCUCUUCAAUGAGACCGUGAUGUACAACAUACGCUACGGCCGCCCCAGCGCCACAGACGCGCAGGCGCGUGCGAUCGCGCGCGUUCUUGGCACGGCUGCGGCCUGGCAGGCCCUCCUGCGCGCCCGGGACUUUGGUGCCUUUCACACACAGCAGCUGCAUGGACAGUAUGUGUACGAGGCCGCGCGUGUGGCCCACAUCCACCAGCACCUGCUGUCCUUCCCAAACGGCUACGCCACGCGCGUAGGCGAGCGCGGCCUGCGGCUCAGCGGCGGGGAGAAGCAGCGCGUCGCAUUCGCGCGCGCCGUGCUCAAGGGCCCCGCUGUGCUGGUCCUGGACGAGGCCACCAGCGCCCUCGACAGCCUCACAGAGCGACUCAUACAGUCGUCACUGCAG